GUCAACCACACACAUCACACCUUAGUCAGGAACGCCAUCAAUCACAUCAUAACGAAUAAGUCUGUCUGCACUGCACCUCACACGACGGUCCUACUCAUCCACACACGAAUAUAUAAAGCCGACUCACUCACUGGCACAGAGGCACCGCCUGCUCUGCCGGAGCAGCAGCGGCAUCGGGGACCCUCACCCUGAUGUGAUAAUCAUGCUGAUGCACAUGCACAUUCACAGCGGGCAUCCCCCUCGCCCCCACCCUCAUCACCCUCGCCUUCCUCGACACACUGACACAAGCAGAACACCCCACCAACUCUACGGGCGGGGCGGACUCCUCCUCUCCAUUUGCCUCGACCGUGUCAGCGGCCUUGACGGGCACACCCGGGACGUCAGGGGGCGGCACUUGACUCUGCUGAGCGUCUGUCGCGUCACGAUGAGGGGUGCCGUGCGAGCACGCCGAGUGCCACUCCUCUUCUGCUCGUCCUGACUGCCUAGGGUCUUCGUCGGCCGCUCCAGUCGACAGCCGCACCUCGCCCCCCCGCUGCUGAUGCAACAUGUCCAUCCAGCGGAGGUCUAGCAUCGUGACCUCAGAGCUGCCGCCAGCCGCCAACAGGCGGAACUGGCGGGAAGCGGGGGUCACGGCAGACUCGGGCGUUGCGACAACAUGAGAGUGGGGCGUGUUAGGCCAGCGCUGCCAGCUGAGAGAGGGUGUGAAGGAGGAUAGGGCAGACACCCCUUCGCCGACUACUGGCGCGAGCACAAGCGGGGCGGAUCCCUCAGUCGUCAUCACGUAGCCCUUGAGCCGCUCGCCGGUAUCGCUGGAAGACCUGGGCGCCACGAUGAGGUGGAAAGGGGCAGCAGCAUCCGUCAGGCGCGGGAAGAUUUGCAGGUCCAUCAGAGAAGGGUCCUCGGUGGCCGACACGCUGUAUGCCGUCAUGACCGAGACGCCCCGAUCCUCUACCAGCACGACCAGGUAACGGGCAGUGAGGCCUCUCGCGUAGGCAGGGGGGAGGGAUCGUUGCGGCGGGCCGACAAAGAAGACGUCAUCGUGGCUCUCGCCGCCAUGGGCUGUGCCCCCCACCUCCAGCACCGCCCUCGCCCUAUCGCGAGCGUAUCGGACGCUGCAUCGAUCGCUCAUCAGCAUGAUCUCCCUGGUGGCCGUCCCUUGUGCGGUCGGCCGCAGCGCCCUCAAAGUCAUGGACGCGUCGACAGUCACGUGCUCCGUCAGGCUGGAUGCGUCGAGCGGGAGGCUCCUCCAGGGCUGCUGCCCGUCGAUCGAGAGGCGCCCUGUCGCCCUCCGCCCAGACGCGACGCAGUAGGCUAGGAGCCUCCGUCCAGAGAGAGCCGUGGUGGGCAGGGUCGGCGAGCUGCUCAUCUGCAGGCUCCCCAUCUGCUGCUGCUGCUGGUGGAUUUCCAUGGCGACCCAGACGCCGGCCACCAGGGUGAGCUCCACUCGCCCUCGUAUAGACCGAUAGACGAGAAGGCCGUCACUUCGCGUGGUCUUCGUGAAGUCGCCACUGAUCAGCUCGCCGCGAAGGGUCACUUUGUCGGGCGCGGCUGCGUGCUGGGCGGGAGAUGGCAGCAGGAAUGGUGCGUCCGGCCCGCCUGACUCGGCGGCCUCGAGAGUGUCCUCGACGAGCGAACAGAGCUGGCAUGUGACAUUCUUUCUCGGGAACGGGAGACCGGGGAAGGACGCCGACCCAACCGUGCCGCAGCUCACGCACUCCUGAUGGGUGUCGGGGCCCCGUUGUGACGGUGUGGGGGUGAGGGGCGGCCGCAAUGAGACGGACGAUAUGGGUGAGCUGCUGGCAGAUGCAGAUGCAGAUGACGGGGUGCCGAUUGACGUCCGGAGGUGCUGCGGCUGCCCUGGGGGAGGGGGUGGGUCUGGUCGCCUCCUUUCUCGCAGAUCCAUGUGGGCGAUGUCGAACCGCUGCGUGUCGGAUAGGUCGGCAUCCUUCUCGGAGGCCGAGUAGCUGAUAAGUCGCACCUUAGAGGGGUUCUUGCACAGAGCGCGACGGCGGUCACUGGGCGAAGCCAGCUCCACGAUGAAGUAGCACGAGGGGGCGGGUGCCCUGACGUUCGAGCGGUCGGCCUGUGACCUGAACGAUACGAUGUGUGUGUGCUCUUGCUUGGGUGCGUUGAAGAUGGCUGCCUGGCUUGUCACCCACCUGUCGACUGUGGGUUUGCGCCGCAGUUGCCACACGUACGUCGCAUUGCAGAUGUCCUCCUGUCUGCAAUUUGAGGGCCGAAAGAGCUGGCGAAUCUCGUCGGCCUGACAUAUCAGGCAAACAGACAGCAACAGUGGAGCAGCGAGGUUUGCCUGAGACUCUCCCCUCAUCUGCUCACGUCGAAUCGUGUGUUGGUGCCGACGAUCUCCAUGCGCAGAUAACACACGGGGUUGGCCUCCAUGGCUCUGCGCCGCUCGUCCAUCUGGUCGAUUACCUCGUCGAUGGUCUGGCAGCGACCGGCCGCCUGCAAAGCGCUCAUGAUCUGACAGACGGAAACACGUAGAUCUAGAUGGGGGAGGGCUGGAUGUACGGGUCGGUGCGGUGGCGGUGGUCGUGUGGUACCUUUUCCUUCGCUCCGUCAGACAACCGGUGGGAAUGGUUGUCGAGGGGGUCAAAGGGAUCUGCACAAGCAAGCGAAAUGUGCGUGCCUGGCAAGCGGAGCAUGCGUACGGGAAUGCCCUGCCCACCCUCAAUCAGCCACUUGUCCUUCAGGUCUUCGUGCCGUUGCGCACCGAGAUGGCCCUUCUUGCUGAAGCGUGCCGGACUUGUGAGCUGCGCCUCGUAGUCCUUCCAGCUCGCACUGGGCGGCUCCAAAGAGCACCAGUUGUCGUAGAUGCCCCACGCGCGUCUGACAGAUACGGCAUGUUCUCGCCAGUUGAACAGCCCGUAGAAGCGAAAGAACUGCAGGAUCAGCGUGUCGAGGUUGUCCGUAUUUAGCCAUCCCCGUGGCACAUGUGGCAGGCAGUCGAUCUUCUUCAGGAACUCCACCUUCACUGGGUCGCCGCUGCGCGUCUGCGUAUAGGAUCGGUAGAUGUUGAUGUUGUCACGGUCUUCAGGCCUGACAAAGCGCAAGGCGUCGUCGUGCAGGUUGGGGAGAAUGGGCGGAACGGUGUUCUGGCAAAGGAAGGAGGACAGUGGCGAUGUGAUGUGCUGCAGUUAACCGCUGCCUUCGCGUCUUCUUACUUGCAAGAAGUAGAUGACCAUAAGCGACAGGCCGUAGCCCUUGAGCAGAUCAAGAGUGCCCGUGAGACCGCUAAGUCUCGCCCACUCCUACUCAAGACAAGACGCACAGGGUGGAGGGUGGAAGGAUGGAUGGAUGCCGUUAUUGGGCCAGCCAUCGAUGGCACCUUGACGAAUCGCCCCAUGUGUUUGACUCGGCCGUAGAUGUCGCAAUCACAGUAGGUCCUGAUGAGCAUCGUGUUGUCGAGUGCCAUUGGCGAGUUGACCGACAAAUCCACUUCCGUCCCUGCACACGGUUGACCAAUCACACAACAGAGAGAUCAAGCACACGUCUACGCCUUCCCUUGUUUGCCCACCUGAGUAGGCCAUCUUCAAUAUGGGCACUUUUGCACUAAAGAUGCGGGCGAUGUCGGUGAAUCGCGCUUGGACAAGGAAGGGGAUCAGCGCCUCGAGCAAUGCGCCACUGAGAUCCCGCAUAAGACCGUCCCGCCUCCGCUGCUGCUGCUGCUGCUGCUGCUCUGGCGCAGAGCUGCUGAUGGAGGGGAAGGCCCUCUGCAGGAAGUCGAGGGAGAUCAGGAGCGUCACAUCCACAUCGCUCGUCUGCACAGAAACAUACAUACAUAAGUCAUCAAGGGCAAUAGACAGGGAGUGCCUUCAGCACGCCCGCUACUGACCUUGGUUGCCAUGCCGUUGGCCGCACCCCCGAAGGCUUUGCAUUGGAUCGUCUUGUCGUCCAGCUCAAGUCCUAUGCUCUUGCCCCACUCCACCACACACCCCUCGAUAAUGGCGCAGACGCUCUGAACGGUGCUCCCGUAGUUGGACGAUGGUGCCAUGUGAAUGAGCCAUUGCCGCAGCCGUGGAGAUUCUGCGAUACCGGCAUCCAGCAGCUCUAUCGGCACGUCGGACAUGACCAAUCUGCAUCAACACACAUUCCAGGAGAGCACAUACAGAAACAGGCAUGUGGACGGGGGAUGGGAUGGCUUGCUCGCUUCCUUCCUUCCUUCCUUCCUUCUGCGCGUUACCUCACAUAGGCGCUUGUGCUCUCUCCCUUCUGACGUUGCCUCACGAAUGCCGACACAUAUCUGACGGCUUUGUUGUCUCGUUUGUCUUGAACAAUGCUGUCUUACGAGCCAACGAAGGCCACUCUCCCCUCCCCCUCUUC